AUGACUUCUGCAGCGUUGAGCGGACGACCAACGCCGUUCUUCAAGAUUGAGAACACUUACAAAUUGGAACCAGAUAAACCGUUUUCACCAAGUGCUGUGUCUAAAGUUAUUAAAGGAAUUUUUGAAGAGGAAUUAAAGAAUAAAUUUUACGAACCUGCACAAUGUAAUUUACUUUCAGCUCAAUUAGCAGAUCUCAUCAAAAAGGGAGUGAAAGAUUUGGGAUUUUCAAGAUAUAAGCUAGUGACAAUGGUAGCUGUUGGAGAACCCAAAUCAGCGUCGGUAGCGUUCACAAGCCGCUGUAUUUGGAAUGACAAAGUGGAUAAUUAUUCAGAAUUUGUUUAUAAUGGUGAUAAUAUAUAUGCUGUUGGUUUAGUCUAUGGAAUAUAUAGUGAAUAA